CUUCCAACCCUUCCAACCCUUCCAGUCCAUUGUCCCCAUCCCCUUCUGUUUUCUGUUGGUUUACAUAGUCCCCCUGCUCCCUAAGCGCCGUUCCCGUCCAAUUAUUGAUGCUACAGUGCAUGUUGCCUGUUGAAAUGUGUUGGAGUGUGUUGGAGUGUGUUGGAGUGUGGGACCCCUAAUUUUAGACCACCCACCCUGUUUGCGGAAAUCGAAGAACAAACAGACCCAACAACUUCCUUUGUUCUUCACCACCCAAACUCGGGAUUCCAUUGUCUUCCCCUGUUUGUCCUGGGCCUCCUCGGGGCGAGGAUUCGGGAUAUAAUAUAUAUAUUCGUUAUAUAUUCUUUCUUUCUCCAUUUACGAUUCUAGUACGGAGUAGAACCCAUUGAAUGAACCACCCUACUCCCUACACCGCCCAGACAACAGCUCCCACAAAAUGCGGAAACGAUCAGAUAAAGAUAAGACCGCCCACGCUGGCCCCGGGACCGUGCAGCAGAUCGCAUCCACCAACUCGACUGUGAACCUCUUCCUCGGCGACAGUCAGGUCAGGUCCUGGAUGAACGGCACAGCAGCAGCUGCAGCGCCUUCGAGUACGAUUUCACGCGCCAAGCGAACGUCGGUCCUGGCUGCGAGGGGGAGUGACAAUAGUAGACCGAUUUCGACGAGUACUGUACUUCCGUCGCCGGCGCCUAGCGAUGAACCUAGCCCUGCUGGGGAAACGGACUCGAGUCGCGUCGUUCAAAAGGAGAAGGUUGGGAUGGCUGCGCAGCGGCCGCUGGUGACGAGCCCGGAGUCGAGUGCACAUGUUGAGCUACAAGCUGUAAGGAGGCCUGGGACACAGCAAUCGUCUAUAGUGAUUCAGCAAGGGGAUAUAGAUGCUGGGGUACAGGCUGUGCGGAGCCCUUUGAUGCAACAAAGGAAUACAAGCAACGAACCACAGGCAGUGCGGAGUCCCUCGACUCAGCAGCCACCGAUGGUCCAACAAAGGAAUACAAACAACGAGCCGCAUAACCCCUGGACCAGGCAAGCGGUGUUGAAUGGCUAUACGCCGCAGGCGCCAGCUCCUCCAGCGAAGAGGCGCAAGAUGACAUCCGCGAACCACCCAAGCCUGAAAACUAUGCUGCCGCUUAUCGAGCAGCAUCUCAAUUUGCAUGGAGGGAUGCAGAAUCUCGCGAGGAAUAUCGAGCGGCAAAGGUUUUACAUGCUUCAGAAGGCGUGUGAGAGCGACGACUACUUUUAUUUUGCGCUCCAUCAAAUCUUUUGCCUUUACUCUCUUGACCCUGAUACGGCGACGACGCUCACAAUGCCUCAACGGGGGGGGUCUGUUCUCGAGGCGGCAUUUCAAAUUAUCGGCCAACUUAUCAUGCCUAACACCGCCAUCUCUCUGGUCCACACGAAAUUCUUCUCGGUUUUCCCAAACCAGCUGUCGGAGCUUAUGUACAGAUCGGACCAAUACCGCCUAACAGUAAACAACGUGGCGAUAUUCCUAGCCAGGCUAUCGAUAGAAUGGUCAAAAUAUGUCCCGGAAUGCGUUCAUAGAGGAUACCCACCUCUGGUGGACGAGCUCGUGAAUCGAUUCGGGCUUCUUUCCCCCAUCCUUCAGCACAUUAUUUUCACCGCGGCUCGACGGAAUAUGGGGAUCCCCGACGAUGAAUACAGUGCCCAGAUGGAGAAACUAUUCAGCCACGACCAAGAGCUCCAUCGUCAGAUGGCGGCAAGGGUCAACACCGCAUAUCCGCCAACGGAAAGGGAGAUCAACGAACGCAACCAAUGGCAAGCCAAUCAAUAUAAAGCUGUUCGAGACGCGCAGCUCCACCGGAUAGGACAGAUUCGUCCAGGGGAACCGGCGCACAUGGGACCGAAUGCGGCACGUCCCUUGCAACAGCCAAACUUGCCGGAACGCGAACAGUCUCCAAGCAACAUCCCACCCGCAACGCAAGCAGGGCAGCCGGCCCCUAUUCGAACUACUAUCAUGCCAUCGGAGGUACUAACUGCCUCGCCGCGGUCUACCACAGUACCGUCUCCUCACCACUACCCUUGGCAAUCCCAGACAUCUCAGGGAUACCCCAUCACACCAAACCAGCAAAAUAUGCCGAGUCAAGCGCAAACUAUGCAGCAGCCAUAUCAGCCUAAUCAAGUGCAGAGUAUCCAGCAUAGGCAAGGCCCGGUGAAUGAUAUUGUGCGGACUGCCUCUCGGAAUGCUUCCCGAAAUGCUCCAUUAGUACAAUUUCCUGGGGCGGCUGGUAGUGCUGCUUCUUCUCCUGUACUAACGAACCAGCCUCGCCGUGUCUCGUCGUCCACAUACAAUAUGACGAUUCCAACCAUUGCUGCUAUGCCCGCUGGAUACAGUUCGCUACAGCCACAACCACAGCCACAGCCACAGCAGAAGGUCAAUAGGGUACAAUUAAUACCGCCCCAAGGCUACACUCCGCCGUAUCAGUUUCCACAACCUGAUCGCAGCGCCCUUCAUCAAGCCCAUCUCCGCAGUCCAGUCCUAAAACCCAUCGAUGCCGAUGAAGGGCUGGCAGCAAACGAGACAGCUCAUAGGUAUUACCAAGCCGUCCAAAGCUUUGCUGUCAAGCCAACUACUCUGUUAGAUUCUCCCUUGCUCACCGAGUUAUCAUUCGCCGUUCCUAAACGCGUAUUCGCCAACAUAGCCGAGGACAAAAUAUCCGAUCUAUCGGCGCCUAUGCUUCGAGAAGUGCGACAGGGUAGUCUCCAGUACCGAGUUUGCUGCAGCAGGAUGAAUAAAGACGCCCAGAUGGAGCCGUCGGAUUUUGUUGUCGCGGAUACGAACUGGCCGCCUACUAUAUUCAUGGAGAUGAACGACUCGGUCAUCGAAAUCCGGCGUAAGAGCCACUAUGGCAAAGAUCGACCCGUGGACAUCACACCCCACGUUCUUGAGCGUGGUGCGACGAAGAAAAAUACGCUGCGAGUUUCGGUACCUAGGCCGCCGAAGACCAACAAUGAUAUCCUCUACUCCAUUGCUAUCGAAGUGAUCGAAGUCUUCCGCCACCAGCAGAUCGUAGACAUGUGUUUGCAAGAACAGCGGGUAACCGCCAAAGAAAUGAUCGAAGACAUCCGAGCCAAACUAUCCAACAGCAACAUCGACGAAGACGACGACGUCGCCCUAGUCUCCGCCAACCUCACCAUCGACCUCGCCGACCCCUUCACCUCCCGCAUCUUCACCAUCCCCGUCCGCGGCGUCCGCUGCCGCCACCGCGAGUGCUUCGACCUCGAAACCUUCCUCAUCUCGCGCAGCACCAAGCCCCAGGAGGUCGCCUGCCUGCCCGAUGUGUGGAAGUGCCCGCUGUGCGGCGGCGACGCGAGUCCGCGUGCUCUCCGCGUCGACGACUUUUUAGUGUCGGUCAGGGAGAAGCUCGAGAGGGAUGGGGAGCUCGAUGUUAAGGCGAUCUUGGUCACGGAGGAUGGGGCGUGGACGGUGAAACCGGAGGCGCUGCCUGCGGAGAGGAGGAAGUCGAAGGGGGGGGCAGGGAGUGUGCCGCGUGAUGAGAGUGAGCGUAGCUCCCCAGCAUCGCAAUCGAGGCAGGGGAGUCGGGCGGUGGAGGUCAUCGAGGUGGAUGACGAUUGA